AGCUGCAUUAUCAAAAUUAUAGAGGAAUUCAUCUAGCAUAAGUUGUGCUCAUGGGCCUUCAAAUUUACUGAAUCUUGGUGCCACGUCGGGAUUAGGGAAAUGAAAAAACGCAGUUCUUCUUUAUUAGUUGAUUUUGAUAGGAGCGCGACGGACUAGUGCGUAAUUCAAUACCUUCUCCGUCAGAUUGAUAAAGCGAGAGACAUUCAUUCAUCUUCAUCAAGUCGAAGUGAAACAAUUACGCAUCGACACAAAUGUCGGUAAGGGAGGACAACAUCGGAGCCCAGAGCAUCACGAGCGGGUUGAAUGAUAGUGGACUUCCUGCGCAGAAGCUGUUUCUUGAGGACAAUGAAUCUGCAGACGGUGGCGACAGACAUACUCUAGGCUUAGAUAAGCCCACUUCAUUAGGCUUAGACAAGUGUAUGGCUACGGCGGAUGUUGGAGUUGGACGGAAAGAUGGGAAAGCUGGAGGGGUAAGGAUAUUUUUAGUACGGCUUGGGCCCCUAGUAGAUUUGAAUUUGAAUGGGUGAUGUGAUCCUGAGUUUGCAGCAAUGGGAUAUUUCUAGUACUACUAUUCCAUCUAGGUGCUCUUGAGGCUGCAUUUGCUUUGGUUUUGAUUCCCCUCAUCAUCAUACGCAACGAUCUCACAGUCCCCGACAAGCACCAGCGCCGUUGCCGGCAUCAUGGCACGCGGCGGUGAGGUGGCAGAGCGAGAGCGAGAACCUGCUGAGGUUAGGGACCGUUCGAGGAGUUCGCGUCGCGCUGUGAAUCCAGGCCGUCCGCAACCCCGUGAGCGACCUCCGAAUGUCACAGCAAGAACCGGUUUGAUCACGACAAGGCAGAAAACCCAUACGCCUACGUUUGGGCAGCCAGGUUCGUCGACACUUUUACCUCCGUCGAAUUCCACGUCCACGAACCAUGCGACGUCGAGUCGUGCUGCACCCAACAGUGCGGGAUCAGGUGGCGCGUCUAAUACAGGACCAACGACCAGCACAAGUGGUGCAGGAGCAACUAUACUAGGAAAUGCAGGCAGUACAACAGGAGCACCGCAACCUAGAGCAGGAACUUCAUCAUCUGUCGCUGCAACUGCACCAGGAGAGGUCGCGACCUCAUCAUCUGCCAUCGCAACUAGUAGGGUCGGCCGCGAUCCUACUGCUCGCGGUCGAGUACGGCCAGGUGGCGUCGUUGUUGGUACAUCUGCAGCAUCCUCCUCUACUGCAAGGUUCCCUUCGGCAGGACCGCCUAGCGGAGGCGCUGCUUCCGCACCACAACCAGGUAGUAAUAAUGCUCAUCCUAGCGUUGGUGGCGCUGGUUUCAAGAUCCGGUUUCCUACAAUAUCACAGCUUGCCGGAGGAGGGUCAUCUGGUGGUAAUAAUGAACAACAACAGCAUGCGCAGUCAACAACAACAACUGGAGGAGCACCAGGAACUACUGGCACAACUGGUGGCUUGAAGAGAGGUAGGGCUCCUGCUUCAGCAACUCGCACUGGACCGAAUAGCAAUAUUGUUACCUCGUCUAGUUUCAUCAAAAACACCUCAUCUGCUGGACCAGUAUCUUCCUUGAUAAAUACUUUCUCUGGUGGUACGAAAAACAAGAAGGGGGUUGGAGGCAAACCCACAACGAACAAAGCAGUCGACACAAGCACGAGUAGUGAACAUCCGCACUCCUUUCUGAAGCAGAACACGAUUAAGGGUUCCCACAUUGCAUUCUUCACUACCAUACUUGACUUUUUUUCCAGUAGGAAAAGGGUCGCCAGGGAUGAUCUGAAACAUGCAUAAUGUCGCAACCUCUAACACUAGUGCUGGACGGAUAUCCUCAAACCCAGAGACGCCGCGAAACAAUACGGCGCCGCCGCCUAGUCUCGGACUCUUGUUUGAGGAGGAUAGUCAGCAAGAGAAGCGGUUGAAGAAGAACCCUCCAGAAGCUGGUCCUGUUGGAGAAACGAACAAGGCAGAAGCCUCUGCUUCUAGCACCGGUACUUCUGUUAAGGUCAACAUUUAGUGUCCAUCUUUCUCGGCAUCGUGGAGCCCUUUUGUUCCCCUCCUGUAUUCUUCUCAUGAAUAUUUCAAGGGGAAAAGGGGUCUUCAAAAUGAGGGGACCGAGAUGCAAUCUAGCAGACUCUAAUUCUGUGAAGGUGAACGCUACAUCUUCUACAGUUGCAGGAGGUGCUGACCUAAAUACAACGGGUAAAAAUAGUACCAAAACAAGGGCUGGGCUAUCAGCUUCAGCAUCACUGCAUGAAGAGGUGGAUGCGCUGUUAAAGGACGCAGAGAAGUCAGCUUCAGGAUCAGCUGGUGGACCUCCGACAAGUGGAAACUCCCAUUGGAUGUCAAGGAAACCUCAGGAAAUACAGCAUGGGAUGAAGAAAGGCACUACAAGCACAAGUAGUACUGGUAUCUCUUCGUCCAUAGGUUUCGGUAAAAGCAGUAACAUCAAAGAUACUUCUUUUGAAAACAAGAAGCAUCUUCAAGCUGGUGGCGGUACAAUUACUGGCACACGUGGAGCACGAGAAAGAAGUCAAUCAGCUGAUGCAGCUGGAGGAAGGAAGCAAGUCCUGUUCGCUGGAGUCCCGUCUUCUUCACAACUUUCUGCAAUACUAGAGGAAAAAAGUUGUAAAAGUGAAGAACAAUCUUCUGCUGUAGUUGGAAAGAACAACAAGACUGGUACAGCUGGAGCAGGAGGUGGUGCUGGGAUAUCAUCUACUUCUGGUGGUAACAACGAUUCUGGUAAUAAUGCUUCAGGCCCUCUUGCUGGUACUUCUGAGAACUCGUCGUCUGCUGCCCAUCCCCAUCAGAAUUAUCCUUCAAAUUCAUCAAUUUCUAGAAUGCUAAAAGAGAAAGACCAAGUUUAUCCUCCGCACACGACAAGUUCCUCUAGUACUUUCGGGUUGACCUCUGGUGCAGCUGGGUUGCAGAUCCGCAACAGUAGUUCGAGUGCUGACAAUGAGAGUCUGCUAUCUCAUGGCACGGAUGAUGGAUCCGCACCAGUUCGCGUCGUGUGUCGUAUUCGGCCGAUGAACGAGAAAGAGCGCAAACUGAAUCCUAACCCUAUCGUGACCGCGCGUGUGGACGCUAAGAAAGUGCUCAUUUGUCGUGGGACUGGAGGACGCGCUACGCGACAAGAGUUCCCUUUUGACGAAGUCUUCGGACCUUCGAGUACGCAAGACGACAUCUUUGAAACCGUUUUGGAACCCCGUUUGAACGACGUCCUCUGCGGAUUCGAGACGACAAUUGUGGCCUAUGGACAGACUGGAACUGGAAAAACAUACACGAUGGAGGGUGAACUGAACGACGAGGGCGGUCGAGGGUUGAUUCCACGAGCGGUGAAAGUUCUCUUUGAACGGCUGAGUAACCGAGAAAAAUACUUCGAGUCCUAUGUGACCUGUUCGUAUUUGGAAAUUUACAACGAGGAACUCACGGAUCUCAUGGCACCACACGACUCGAAUACGCAGCUCUGUACCUUUUUUGAUUCUUGCUACAGGGGAUAUUAGAUGAAUAGUCGAAUACAACUCUUACACUACAUUCCAAUCAACAUCUCUAGGAUAGAUGAAUAGUCGAAUACAACUCUUACACUACAUUCCAAUCAUCUCUAGGCUUUCGCUUUCACUUCGUUUCUUUAUGCCCCAAGAACAAAAAUCAUGAAUGAGAACAUCAUUUAGAAUUGGUAUAUCUUGUUCCUCCCAACACACGCCAAUCCAGCUAUCCUCGACAAUGGAAGCGGCAGUAGUGUUUGUCGAGGUCUGUCAGAGCACCCUGUGGAUAAUGUGCAGCAAACGCUAGAAUUGAUGAAGCAAGCCCAGGAACGACGACGCGUCGGCGAAACGCAGAUGAACAAGGCCUCUUCCAGAUCUCACUGUCUCUUCACUGUGAGCGUGAUGUGCAAGACGCAGGUGAGCAUGCGAGACGGCUGCCUCGAGAGUAAGGGGAAACUACAUCUGGUGGAUCUUGCAGGAUCAGAAUCGGCGGGAAGCGAUACAACAAGUGGAAACCUAGUUUCGACAAGGUCGGCGCUGAAUCUAGAGCGGAAAAACAUUAAUCAAAGUCUUUUGGUGCUAGGACGUGUGAUCCAGUACGUGAGGGACCUGUCACAGGGAGGACCGCCAAUGCGAAUUCCAUACCGAGACAGCAAGUUGACAAGGUACUAGUAGUUACAAUUUCUUGACCAAGGAAUUAGUGAAAAAUAGAAGACGAUGCCCACUCAACACCCUUCGUCCAUUUAUUGUUCUUUUUUUCCACAUCUAUAAUUUCUAAAAGAAAAAUUACUCGCGUCCAUCACCACCACAUCCCAGGCUGCUCCAAGAAGCUAUCGGCGGUCGGUGCAAAACUUGCGUAAUCGCAACUUUAUCACCGUCACAAAUGUGUGUGGACGAAUCUAUGUCCACUCUGAACUAUGCCGCAACGUGCGCUGCUAUCAAAAAUCGGCCGAAGCAGGAGUGCAAACUUCGAGCUGGCAUCGGCUUUUCGGGACAAGGUCUUCAUCCAGACCAUAGCAUCAUGCACCACUCCGUGACAGACUCCAUGCUACUAUUAAGGGUAGGUUAAAGGUGCUUUUCUUACCGCUUUUUAUGCCUCUCUCCCUUAGGAUGAGAAAGGCAUAAAAAGCGGGGUAAGCGAGCACCAAAAACCUACCUCUAAUACUAGCCGGGAGUAAGAAUAUCCAGGACUGGACCGACCUGGAAAUGAAAGUGCACCAACUACAGUGCAAACUGGAUCAAGCAGAGACGACGCUGGCGAGGAAAGUACUACUACCUAUAGGUUGUUGGAGAAGGCGUCGUCUCUGCUUGUUGUUGGAGACGGCUAACAGUAAGUUUAUGAACGAAGAUUGUGCCAAAAGGAACCUUCGAGUUUUCUGCCUAAACCUUCGAGUUUUCUGCCUAAAUUUUAACUUUAGGCAGAUUUUGCCUAAAUUUUAAGGCAGCUCUAGCGGUGUGCCGCUGCGGCGAGGAAAGUACUGCCUAAAUUUUAACUUCAGGCCACUGCCUAACGGCUCACUUCUGCGCCCCAAGGGAUCCUUUUGGCUGAGCUUCGUUUAUAAGUAAGUUGUUGUUGGAGAAGGCGUCGUCUCUGCUUGUUGUUGGAGAAGGCUAACAGUAAGUUGCUAUCGAGAGUUUCUUGUAUUUGAAGUACGUUUUUAUCAUGUGGUUGUGGAUGGGCUAGCCUUCGGCUCGUCUUGCGUUCUUGGAGGUUUGCUUGUACAAGCUGUAUCCAUGUAGGAUCAGGUUCUUCAUGUGGAUGUUCUAAGUACUUCUGUUCUAAGUACUUUUUUUCCUGUUCUAAUGGGUGAGGCGAACCCCUCCUCCGUGUCCGUCCACGACCUCAUCAUGUAUUAUAAUUUUUUUUUACAACAUGAUCGAUCCUCAAAUAGGUUCAAAAAGAGCAAGGCUUGGUAGUUCGUAUCGAAGCCCUGAGUGCGGACGUGGAGCGCUUCCGUGCGGAGAGUCAGGGGCACGAGACCCGAGCUUUAGAACUAGAACAGCGCGAGAAAACACUCCAACAUGAAGUCGAGGACCUCCGCGACGACGCUAGACGAUCGGCUGGUACGCAUCGUCGAUGCGAGGAGCACCUGCGAGACCAAAUCAGGGCUCACGAAAGAUUAAAACACCUAGCGCAAAGGUGUGCAACGACAUUGCAGAAAUUAUGUCCUCGAGUGAUGUUGGUGUUUUCAUCAUUUUUCUAGAAGAUCUAGUACAUGUUGGUGUUUUUCGUUUCGUUUGAACGAGUUGUACCUGAAGCUGAACAGAAUGACAAUGAUGUUGAUCACAUGCCGCGUUGAAAAACGUGAAUGCUCAUCUUUGAGAAAGAUACACAACAACAACAAUUAUAUCGAAUCAUAAUGUUGGUUACUGGAUUUUCAUACAACGAAAAAUACCUUUGAGUUUGACCUUUCUAAUUUCGGCGUUAGACUCGCGUUCCGAGAUGCACCGACGGUUGCAAACGGUCACGACAGCGGCAACAGCACAGCAAGGGGAACUCGUCAACUUGCAGCAGCGCGUCGAGUCUGCGGUUUCGCGAGGUCAUGCCGCAAUCGGUAAUAUGCUAGCGAAAGUUGAGGAUUAUGCCUCCAACGCCCACCGAGGGCUCAGUACUAUUAAGGACUGGAAGUUGGCAUCUCUAUGAGCAUCUCUAUGGUUUCUUCAAGUAGGAAAGCCAUGGAUAUGCGAGCUAGAGCGGUCAACUUUCAGCCCCUAAUACUAGCUGGAUUUCCGAAGAAAAGCCGCGGCUCGAGGCCAUGCUAGCUGCCACGAGCGCCGCUUUGCGGGAGAGUGCAGCUGUCUUGCCAACGUCGGAGCAGGUGGCAGAAACCUCGACAAAACUAGCAUCCUUGGUCAAGAGCGUGGAAAGGGGCAGUACGGAAAGCCGCGAGCAAUUAGAAGGAGUGGCGGCAGCUUUGAUUAUGGACUAAUGCUAGUUGUAGUUGUAAAAAAUGAAGAUUGAAUAUUGCGAGUGUGGCUGACGAGGCUGUAAAGGCACGACGAGCCCCAGCUGGAUUCAUGAUUAGAAGAGUCAUCAAUGUAGGAUGAAGUACCACCACCUGCUCUUCUUCUAACCCAAAAGAGAUGUUCGAGUCUUUUCUGGUAGAGCGCAACGACCGAGCUGGCGAAGCCAUUGAGAAAUUGUUGGGGGCUGAGCGUGAGGCGCGCGCCGAAAUCGCGGCAACGCUGGAACAGCAACUCCAGAAACACUUAGCUGAAGCCCGGUUUCAUUAAGGCUUGUAGAAGAAGUUUAGAGGGCACCGCGCGCAUUGUAGGUCUUUCCGAUCAGAUAAUCGGAACGUAGGCUGUGUAGCAUACAUAAACUACGGUAGCUGCACCGCAUGAAUGUUCAGAUGCAUUCUUUAAAUGAUAGAUUACAAACAGAAUAAAUUCAGAAUCAGAAACUGCAUUAGCUCCUGCACUGUGAUCUCCUUCGAAAAAGAGAGUUGUUGGCUCCUCCACAAAUUUCGAAAGAUCCUUUUUUUGAAUUUAAAUUCCAGUGCUGCAUAGCACUAGACUUCCACUUCUCUAUCACGAUCUCGUCUAACUUCGAUACGAGAAGCAGAGUGAAGAGUUAGCGACCAAGUUGCGUGCCACUUGCGUUGCUGAUUCGCAAACCGUAGACACUUGGCGCAACGUUGUGGAGAGCGCGAAGCAAAACGCGGCUCAAGUCGAAAAAACCUGGUCUGAGAUCGACGUUGCCACCGCUGCUCGCGAAAUGGCAACAAGACUGGAAGAAUACGGCUCAUCGAGUUCGACUACGACUUCCACAGUACAAGAUUUGCUCCAAAAACAAGACCAAGACCGCUUGCCGGAGUUUGUUGCUCUACUUAAGGCUUGUUACCGCAACUCGUCACUCAUCUUUCUUGAGGAGUACCAACAUGCAUCAUCUGUCUCGGACCCCUUAUUUGGACUUUUUACAGGGGAAAACAAGUGGUCAUCAAAGAUGAGCUUCCUGUUCCUCCAGAUGAAUUUGGGUAACGGUAAGCUCUAAUUUACGUUCCAGGGUUCUUGGCCAGUUUGCAGGUGACUGCGAGAAAUUUUCGAAGGGGGUGUCCGCUGAUGCGGAACAGCUGAGGAAGUUGCAUGCACAGUUUGGUCAGGACUUCGGCAAAAUCGUACAAACUGGUAGAGACGCGAAAUUAGACGCCUCGAGCGGAAAUUCGUCGUCUUCUUCUUCCUCCACAACUACAGGAAAUGCGAUAGCUAACAAAACUGUGGAGCCCUUGGAAGAGUUGAUCGAUCCACGUGGGAAAGCGGAACUAGAAAUUCUGCUUGGGAAUAAAGCGGAUGCCGCACCUUGCGACUCAGAUCUGCGCGCACUUGAUGUUAAGGCCGCUAGUUGUACUCUCUACUAAACCUUUUCAAAAGACAGAAUUUGUCUUUUGAUCAUAAUAAAUUAUCUUCGCAUAUACCACAACCUUUUCUCAACUAUCGCAUAUACUACAAUAAAGGAUGAUUUCAUCUUGACGAGGUAUGAUCUCGAUCUUGACGUCUUGACGGAUCAUAACCUAAGGCUGCUCUUAUUUUUCGUUCUAAUGACAGCGCUGCUGGCUUCGAAUCUCCGUCAGGGAAAGGCUGGGAGCAGGCGCGACGUGGCGGAGUAGCUGGCGCAGGUGGUGGAGCAAAAUCACGGAAAGCGCAGGGUCGCACACCCUCAGCACGCACUCCCCUAGCGGGUAGAACUCCGAAAAUGAAUGUUAAGGCAUGUUCCCCUUUAAUCCGCACUGCGAUGUAAAAUGCUUACCAUGAGGCGGUCUCCGUUGCUCUGUGUAAGAUUUGCUUCAAGCUUGACCAGGAAGGGUUAGACCUGAAGUACAUGCCCAUGGCCAGCAUCCAAUCAAUUUUCUGCAGAGGAGUCAUUCUAGGAGAGAGUCUUUCCAACGGGGAAAUGGCCUCAGGAUGGACUUCAAGAUGGGUACUUAUAAUUAUAAAGUAUAACUUAAUAAUUAGAUUAGUAAAAAAAAGUAUAGCUUAAUAAUAGAUUAGUUCGCGGCGCUUGAGCUCUAAGAAUGGGAUCACACCGAGACAUUUGUUACCCUCAAUGCAACUCAUCAGCGCGAGUCAGCCGUAGAGGGGCUCCUUUGUCGCAAGGUGUAGAAGAUUUUUUGACAGUGUCCUCAGGAUGAAGAUGAUUUCUCCGAUGAUUCACAUUGAAGUUGUGGUAAUUAUUCGAAAACUCAAAAUAACCGAUUUACUGACUGAAAUAAGGAAGGCAGCUUAACAUCAAGGCUACUCUUCCUUCUCAUAAGUAUCUCGGUUAUUCUCCUCUGUUGCUCGCUUAUUUUAGCUUUUCGAGUAAUUGGGAAUUAUCUACAAGCACAACACAUGUCAUGAUGCAUCUUCAACAACACAUGAACUUCACCCUUCUAUUUUUAGACGCUUAACCGCCCAUUUAGAUUUGUUGAAUACCAAGCAUGACUACAGGAGAAGACUUCUUGCUAGUACAACUGCCAUUUACAUCCUUCUCCUUGAAAACGGAUUUUGACAUUAUGAUCUGCUCAAUAAAUCCAAAUCCAAACUAGAAGUAAUAUGUUCCUGUUUGAGAUUGCACCAAAUUUGACGAUUAUACCACCUGUUGUUUUUUUACUUGAUGAUUGGGAGAAAGAAGUUGCAGCACAGCCGACUUAGAUAUCAUAGAACAUGAACAAGAAACUGAAAGAACCGUAGUUUGAGAUUAUAGAUGACACCCUUGUUGAUCCAAAAAAUUAUAGACACUUCUGACACGUUUACGUAUUGCAAUUAUCCACGGAAAUAAAGACAUGAUCCUGGUCUGAAACUUGUACAUGUAUUAUCGCAAGAACUCAAGAUGAAGAUCAUCUUCAACGCGCAAAAAACUGAGGUUGGUGGAGCUGAGGUAAUGACAACAAGAACCACACAAGAUAUUGCAGCUGUUCGCAUUUUCCUGCUAACUGCAUGCCGUUCUAACUACACUUCUGAUAGAGUCGAUUAUUUCAUCUUGCGGGUGAGCCGCGACUGAUGUGAACCGACGUUUUUUUUCUGAAUCAACAUGGAGCAACCCAGUAGAGGGA